AUGCAGAGCAGGUGUAGGCUGAGUUGUGGCUCGUUGCACUUGCUGUUAAUCACCGUCUGCAUAUAUUCGAAAGUGGUGGUAGCGACCCUCUGGUUCUCAAAAAGUUUCGGGUUGGUAGAAAUCUUUUUGAGUUCCACCCCCCAAGGCUAUGAUCGAGUUCUUGGGUUCUUGGUUUUCCCUAUUUUGUUUGGACGUUAUUGGUCCCUUUUGUUUCGUUGUCUAGACUUUGGCUGUCUGUGUUUCUGGAUGUUAUUUUCAGGCAAUCGUCAUCCAUGUAUCUGGACUUUGUUUGCAUGUGUUACUGGUGCUGCUUGCAGGCCUUUGACUGCUGUGAAACUUGGGGUUUUUUCCCGUGUUUUUAAUUAUUGUUCUCAUGCGUUUGACUGCCAUAUAUCUGGACUUUAUCCAUCUAUUGGUCUGGUUGCUGCCCACAGGCAUUUGACUGUUGCAUGUAUCUGGAUUUCCCUGUCUGGGUUUCCUGCUUUUGUUCUCAAGCGCAUGAGUGUCGUAUUGCUUCAAUAUCUCUGUUUAUGGAUUGUGCUAUCUAUAAAUCGUAUUUGGUCAACCUUGGUGGCCCUUGGCGUUCUAGAAAAACAUUAUUCAAGUUUUUGCGUGUCUCUGGUUCCGUCUAGUGGAUUCUGCAGAGUCGAUAGAUGUAUUAACUCAAGUCUAGGGGAUAUCGAGAAUUUCAUCGACAGCUAUGAGUAUUUAAUACAGCCAUGGGUUGAACACAAGCCAGCAUAUUAUGAGUUGUCCUCAAAUUUGGCCGAUAUAUGGAAUCAAGAUUCGAUUAAUUGGGUCAACCGGGUCAUGUUCGGAGCUGUCAAGAAGAGUAGGCUAAAGCAAGCAAUACCGGCAAUGUCUGUAUACCAAGGACAAACAACCUACAUCUAG